UAAACUUACAGUUGCUCGUUUGAAACCGAAUCGAGCCGAGCCCGAAGAAACGGUUGGGUACUCCUAAACACAAAAAAGAACAGAUUUUACAGACCUGUACAAACCCUAAUCCCCAACCCCAUACGCGACUCCUUUCAUUGCAGAUCUGCCGAUGUCCUCCACCGUCCACCGCGAGCUCCUCCUCCAGCCACUCAUCAGGUGAGAUACGCUCCAGGUUUUGUAGCUGCCAGGAUUAUGUUCAUUUCCAAAUUCUCGCAGCUCGGAGCUCAGGUGAUCAAAGGGUUAGCUAAAGCAGGUCCAUUGACAUCCACACCAAGAAUGUCAUAUUUGCAUGUCUUUAGCGACAGCCCUCUGCAGCCCCUGAGGCAUGGACGUUUUUCUACCACAGCUUCUGAUAAAUCUCAAGAAGACGGGAAUGAAGAAAAACAAAAAAUAUCUGUGACUUUUGUUGACAAAGAUGGUGAGGAGAAGCAUAUUAAGGUCCCCAUUGGAAUGUCAAUGUUAGAAGCUGCUCAUGAGAAUGACAUAGAACUUGAAGGAGCAUGUGAAGGAUCCCUUGCCUGUUCUACGUGUCAUGUGAUCGUGAUGGAUACCGGUUACUACAAUAAACUAGAAGAUCCAACUGAUGAAGAGAAUGACAUGCUAGAUCUUGCUUUUGGCCUUACAGAGACGUCUCGUCUAGGUUGUCAAGUUAUCGCACAACCUGAACUUGAUGGAAUUCGAUUAGCACUGCCUCUUGCUACACGAAACUUUGCUGUCGAUGGGUAUAAGCCGAAACCACAUUAGAAGUCCAGGAUAGAAAAAUAGGCCGGGAAGAAGAUUUUGAGUGUAAAGGACAGGCUCUUCCCAGUUUUGUAGCAUCUCCUUCUUAGAGAAUUGAAGGGUCUUAGACCCUGUAGUCGUGAGCAUAGACAUAUAAUUCCUUAUUACAGUAGUAAUUAACAAUCUUAAGAGAGAAGCUAAGGUAGGACAGACUUUUGGUCUGGCUUCCCAAAUCUGCUCCUAAACCGGGCAUUAUCCAAUGGCUUAGUUGGUAAAGCGUCUAAUCAUGGGUUUUUUUUUUUUGAUUCUGUACAUUGAGUUCAUCACUAUCAAGUAUUGAUGGUGGAUUUUGUUAUUAUAUUGGUGUACUUUCAUUUA